AUGGCACCUGGCAUUGUCGAGCCUGCUGUGUCGGUGGAGUCGACGCGGUCUUUGAUCUCAGUCACCGACGCCUACGAUGACACGCUCCGCUUUUACCUCAAUGGCACUAAAGUCAUCCUAGAUUCUGCUGACCCAGAAGUCACUUUGUUAGAGUACCUGCGAGGCAUUGGACUUACGGGGACGAAGCUUGGUUGUGCUGAGGGAGGAUGUGGCGCUUGUACAGUUGUUGUCUCCCAAUAUAAUCCUACGACUAGGCAAGUCUACCAUGCCUCAGUCAAUGCCUGCCUCGCACCGCUGGUAAGUGUCGACGGCAAGCAUGUUAUCACGGUGGAGGGCAUUGGGAACGUCAAGCAACCUCAUCCAGCACAGGAGAGGAUAGCCAAGAGCAACGGCAGCCAAUGCGGUUUCUGUACCCCUGGCAUUGUCAUGAGCCUAUACGCUCUCCUUCGAAAUGAUCCCAACCCCACCGAACACGACGUUGAAGAGGCCUUCGAUGGCAACCUCUGCAGGUGUACGGGAUACCGACCGAUAUUGGACGCUGCUCAGAGCUUCAGUGCGGAAAGAACUUGCGGAAAAGCCACCGCAAAUGGAGGAGGAGGAUGUUGUAUGGAGAAGAAUGGCAACGGGGAUGGAUGCUGUAAGAGUGGAGUCGACGGCGAAGAGCAACCGAUCAAGAGAUUUACGCCCCCUGGAUUCAUCGAAUACAAGCCUGAUACCGAGCUCAUAUUCCCUCCCAUGCUCCGCAAACACGACUUCAAACCCCUAGCAUUUGGUAAUAAGAGGAAGCGGUGGUUUAGGCCCGUCACUUUACAGCAGCUACUGGAGAUAAAGAGCGCAUACCCCUCGGCGAAGAUCAUCGGAGGUAGCACCGAGACGCAGAUUGAGAUCAAGUUCAAGGCUAUGCAAUAUUCCGCUUCGGUCUUUGUCGGAGAUAUUCCAGAGCUUCGGCAGUACUCAUUCGAAGAUGACUACUUAGAAAUUGGUGGAAACAUCGUGCUCACCGACCUGGAGAAGAUCGCCAAAGAGGCUGUCAAACAUUACGGAGAGGCCUGCGGUCAGCCUUUUGCUGCUAUCCUAAAGGCGAUUCGAUACUUUGCAGGAAGGCAAAUCCGGAACGUUGGCACUCCAGCUGGAAACCUUGCAACAGCUUCCCCUAUUUCCGAUCUGAACCCCGUCUUUGUUGCGUCCAACGCGACCCUAAUUGCGAAAUCCCUCGACAAGACCACGGAGAUACCCAUGUCCGAGUUCUUCAAGGGUUACCGCGUCACGGCUCUACCUCCCGAUGCCGUCAUUGCCGGCCUGCGGAUACCAGCUGCUAAAGAAAAGGGGGAAUACAUGAGGGCCUACAAACAAGCGAAGAGGAAAGAUGACGAUAUUGCCAUCGUCAACGCAGCUUUAAGAGUCCAUCUCAAUGACGCCUAUGUCGUUGAAAACGUGAGUCUAGUAUAUGGCGGUAUGGCACCUAUCACAAUUGCUGCUAAGAAGGCUGGAGAGUUCCUAGAUGGUAAGAAAUGGACCGAUCCGGCGACUCUGGAGGGUGUCAUGGGUGCCCUGGAAGAGGAUUUCGAUCUAAGAUUCGGCGUUCCUGGCGGUAUGGCGACAUACAGGAAGUCCCUUGCUCUCGGCUUCUUCUACAAGUUCUACAACGAAGUCCUAGCUGAGCUCAAGGCCGAGGAGGCUAUCGUGGAUGCAGAGGCAAUCGGCGAGAUUGAACGGAUCAUAUCCCACGGAUCCAAGGAUCAUGCUUCUGCGAAAGCGUAUGAGCAGAAGAUUCUAGGCUCGGAACGACCGCACGUUGCUGCGAUGAAGCAAUGUACUGGAGAAGCUCAAUACACUGACGACAUCCCUGUACAGAAGAACGAGCUUUAUGGAUGUCUCGUCCUAUCUACCAAAGCACAUGCAAAGCUCGUUAGUGUAGAUCCAUCGGCAGCAUUGGAUCUCCCUGGAGUCUUCGACUACGUGGACCACCACGACCUCCCGAAUCCUGAGGCCAAUUGGUGGGGUGCUCCUGUGGCCGAUGAAGUCUUCUUCGCCGUAGACGAGGUGUUCACUGCCGGUCAGCCAAUUGGCAUCAUACUUGCCUCGUCUGCGAAGCAAGCAGAAGCUGCUGCCCGGGCUGUCAAGGUCGAGUAUGAAGAUCUUCCAGCUAUUUUCACGAUUGAAGAGGCUAUCGAGAAGGAGAGCUACUUCGAACAUUUCCGCUACAUCAUCAAGGGCGACACUGAGAAGGCCUUCGCUGAAGCAGAUCAUGUCUUCACCGGCAUAGCGAGGAUGGGCGGCCAGGAGCAUUUCUACCUCGAGACUCAAGCAGUGGUUGUAGUUCCGAAACACGAAGACGGAGAAAUGGAUGUCUUCAGCAGCACACAGAAUCCGACCGAGACCCAGGCGUAUGUGGCUCAAGUCACAGGAGUUGAUGCCAACAAGAUUGUUUCGAGAGUAAAGCGUAUGGGAGGUGGUUUCGGUGGUAAGGAGACUAGGUCUGUUCAACUUGCUGGUAUCUGCGCCGUUGCCGCAAAGAAGGCUCGACGGCCAGUGCGGUGCAUGCUCAACCGAGACGAGGAUAUCAUGACUUCUGGUCAGCGUCAUCCCUUCCUCGGAAGGUGGAAAGUUGCGGUUAAUAAGGACGGCAAAAUCCAAGCUCUCGAUGCAGACGUAAUCAACAACGGCGGUUGGAGUCAAGAUCUGAGUGCUGCUGUCGUCGAUCGAGCACUGUCCCAUGUCGACGGAGUGUACAUGAUUCCAAACAUCCACGUCCGGGGACGAAUCGCGAAGACCAACACCGUCUCCAACACAGCAUUCCGAGGCUUCGGUGGACCGCAAGGCAUGUUCAUCGCCGAGUCCUACAUGUCAGAAGUCGCAGACCAUCUCAACAUUCCCGUCGAGAAGUUCCGCGAGAUCAACAUGUACAAGCCCGGCGAAGAAACCCACUUCAACCAAGAACUCAAAGACUUCUACGUCCCCCUCAUGUACAAACAAGUACAAGAUGAAUCCAACUACGCCCAACGCCGCCAAGCCAUCGAAGAGUUCAACGCAACCCACAAAUGGAACAAGCGCGGCCUUGCCAUCAUCCCCACCAAAUUCGGCAUCUCCUUCACAGCCCUCUUCCUCAACCAAGCUGGCGCCCUCGUCCACAUCUACCACGACGGCUCCGUCCUCCUCGCGCACGGCGGCACAGAAAUGGGCCAAGGCCUACACACCAAGAUGACCAUGAUCGCAGCCGAAGCACUCCAAGUGCCGCAAUCCAGCGUCUUCAUCUCCGAAACCGCCACCAACACGGUCGCCAACACGUCGUCGACGGCCGCCUCGGCCUCGUCCGACCUCAACGGCUACGCCAUCUGGAACGCUUGCGAGCAGCUCAACGAGCGCCUGGCGCCCUACCGCGCCAAGCUCGGCCCGGACGCGACCAUGAAGCAGCUCGCGCACGCCGCCUACUUCGACCGCGUCAACCUCUCGGCCAACGGCUUCUACAAGACGCCCGACAUCGGCUACGUCUGGGGGCCUAACACGGGGCAGAUGUUCUUCUACUUCACGCAGGGCGUCGCGGCCGCCGAGGUCGAGAUCGACACGCUGACGGGCGACUGGACGUGCCGGCGCGCGGACAUCAAGAUGGACGUCGGCCGCAGCAUCAACCCGGCCAUCGACUACGGCCAGAUCGAGGGCGCGUUUGUGCAGGGCCAGGGCCUGUUCACGACGGAGGAGAUGCUGUGGCAUCGGGCCAGUGGGCAGAUUUUCACGCGCGGGCCCGGCGCGUAUAAGAUCCCGGGCUUUCGGGAUGUGCCGCAGGAGAUGAAUGUGAGUUUGUUGAAGGAUGUGCAGUGGGAGAAUUUGAGGACGAUUCAGCGGAGUCGUGGGGUUGGCGAACCGCCGCUGUUCAUGGGCUCGGCUGUCUUCUUCGCUAUCCGCGAUGCGCUGAAGGCUGCGAGGAAGCAGUUCGGCGAGGAGGAGGUGCUUAGUUUGGUCUCACCGGCGACGGUGGAGCGGAUUAGGGUUAGUUGUGCGGAUCCGAUUAUCCAGCGGGCACGGGUGGAGCCGAGGGAGGGGGAGAAGAGCUUCUUCAUUUCGAUCUAA